AUGGACUCAUCAAUAUCCAAUGGAGUGUUACUCACUUCGGCCGAGACACAAUUUGCCAAAAUCUUGGAGAAUUUCCAACUCUCUGGCGGCCGUGCAGACCCAUUUGAUGUCAUCCGAAACUUCACGUCUAUAGCAGCUUCUCGAGCUUUGGCUAUUGGCCAGAAAAUCGCCGACAAUGGCGCCUCCGAGGCGGACCAGCGUGAAUUUGAGUCGUGGGACUUGGAAGCAAAGUUGUGGCACCUCGUGGAGGUACUCUACUCCUUCAGAUUCUCUGAUCAAGACACAUUGGACGCUCCAGAGUAUGCAUCUUUGGACGUCAAGAAAGACGCAUACUUGAGCCGCAACAACAAGGUCAAGGAACUUCUCCUCAUAAUAGACUGGCUCCAGUAUAAUGCUAAGGAUGUUAACAGUGACGUUGCAUCUCAGCCAGCUAAAUGGACCAACACCAAAGUGGCCAUAGAAAGCAAGAAUUUAUCCUCGUUGGCUCCGCUGGCACAGAUGGUUGACUACGUGGAUAACAUGGACGCAGAUGCUCCUCUCCGUUCGCAGAAGCAGAUCUCGCCGCUUGACAAGCAUAUGGACGAUCAGAAUUUUGCUGUGAUCUACAAAUUGGUACUCAAGGGUGACAUUCAAAGAGCCAUUGACUACGCCAGCGAAACAGGAAAUUUCACCAUGGCACUCAUAUUGGUGGGUUCUAGACAGGACUACGUGGAUCCUAUUUUAGACGGAGAUUUAGUGGACGCCAUGGAUGAAGAUAUCUCAUCAGAUCAGCCAGGAGGAAUUCGUCAUAAGUACAUGUGGUACCAGACCGUGAGCAAAUUAGCGCUGGCCACAGGACUUACAACCCACGAAAAGCUCAUCUACAGUUUCCUUUGUGGCAGUGACCAAUCCGAAGGAAUCGAGGACUCCGGUGCAAACUGGGAGCAAUGUCUCCUUCUAUACUUGAAUCAGCUCUAUACGCUGCACAUCCGGGAUUUCUUGAAGAGUACCAUUUCCGAUGACGAGGAGUUAUCACUGGUAAACUUCCCCACUCCUCCACACUCAUCCAUUGAAGAGAUUCUCAACUCGUUGCUGAAAGCACCAACUACCAAGGCUGAAAGUGCCAGCCCUCUUCGAGUGAUUUUAGGUAGUGUAAUGAUCAACCAGCUCAACAUGUUUCUACACAACACUUACAAGUCCAACAAGGCGGAGUUGAUGGAAGAUGCAUAUGUUCUCCGAGUAUUGGUCCAUUUGGCUGUUGUGUCUGUCAUUCUCAACUUCCAAGAAGGAAACAAAACCGUCACCAAGUUUUUGACAAGUUACAUUUCCAUGUUAUCAGAGCAGGGUGAUCAGGACCUUGUGCCUGUUUAUUUGGCAUUCAUUCCCGAUGAGAAGGAUGUACGUGAGUGCUACUCCAUCUUCUUGUCCACCAUCACCGACCCCAACAGUCGUGCCAGACAACUCGAACUCUUUAAAAGGCUCGGUGUUACUUCUCCACUGGAUACACCAAAUGCAUCCAGCAACGAGGAUGUGGGCUAUGAGUACGAGAACAAAAUCAACAAUGUGUUGAAACGUACUGUGGAGAGAGUGAUGGCCGAGACUGAGCCAGCAUACGAUCCUCAGGGAGAAAUUAAGGUCGAAGACAAGGUUGUGGACCAGACGGAUAUCACAUUGUACCAGUCUGUGGAAUGGUUAUUCGAAAACAAAAUGUACGAAGACGCCAUCAAUGCCUCUCGGACAGUUAUCCGUCGUUUCUUGUUGACUGGACGCUUGAAGUCCAUUUUAGCAUUCUCCAAAAACAAAGCAUUCAGAACAUUGCUCAAGGAUUACGACCUUGACCUUCACACCAAAUCCAUGUCAGAAAGCUCGCCGCCUACUCUGAUCAGUGAAGAUGAUAAGGAGGAGCUCAUGCAAUACGAUCUGUUAGUGGAGACAUUGCGCAUUCUACAAGAAUGGAAGACCUUUACCGAAGAUGCUAAUGCCGAAUCCAAAGAGUUCUGGAGCUCCAAGGACGUGGCCAAGUCGAUUGAGAAAACCAUCGGUAAGCUCCACUCUCUCAUUUUCGACUGGUUCUCGGGACCAAUUUCCUCUUGCUCGGACAAUGAGCGAGUUGAAAUCUACAAAGAGUACAGAAACAUUUACGUGCCUUACUUCAUCAUUGAGCUUUUGCAAGUUCUACAACAAUCCAGACAUCACGAUUGGAAGUACAUUCAUGAGGCAUUUGACCUUGUUAAUGCUGUGGCUAAUGACAAAAAAUAUGACUUGAUGAACUGCUUCAUUUCAUGUGGCAGACUCGGGGAAUUCGUCACGUUGGCUGGAGAUGUGGCGUACGUUGCCAGCGAACGGGGCAUAAAAGGAAUCUUUGCAUGA